GUGUAAACCCAAACACUAGGCCCCAUUGGCCCAACAAGUUCUUCACUGUCAUAAAAAAAAAAUAAAAACAAGCAUAGCUCGGCUGGUAUGAAGAUUGCACUAUAUUAUAAAAUAGUCCGAAUUCGAACCCGAGAUUUUCCACUUAUCUAUCGACGACGUUAAAGAAUUUUUUUAGCUAGUAGACCCGGAAAAAAAAAAUCGUGAAGACAAUAAUGGUCUUAGGAGUUUCAUUUCAACACUACAAUCAAAACAAAGAUAGAUAGAUAGAUAGAUUAGAUAGAUAGAUAGAUUCGAUCUGAUCUAACCUGAGAAAAUGGCGACUACGGAGGAGGUGAAACUCGAUCAACUUCCUUACGCUCUUCUCGCCACCAUCAUGACCAAACUCGACAUCGCUUCCGUCUGUUCAUUGUCCGCCACAUCCUCCACCUUCCGCUCAUGCGCUAAACAAAUCCUCUCCUUCCUCCCCAAUUUCCAUCUCGUCGAUAUUGCGCCUUCUGAGGAGUUGAUCACACCGUUGUUGCCACCAAAUCCAUAUCUUAAGAGUCUCAAAGUUGAUUGUGGUCGUCUUGAUGAUUCCGCAAUCAAUUUAUUGGUGAAACCGUCUUUGCAUGAACUUUCUUUGUAUAAUUGUGCUGAUUUUAGUGGGAAACUUCUAUCUGAAAUCGGGACUCAAUGCAAAGACCUAAGGUCUCUCUAUUUGGGUUCUGUUGCGGAAAAAAGAGGGAGGGCAAUUCAUAUAUCUGAUUUGGAGGAGUUACUCAGUGGUUGUUCCCAAUUGGAAGUUUUGAUUCUAAUGUUUGAUGUCUCUCUCUUUCUACGUCAUAACUUAGCUCGAGUUUGGGCUUCUGCUUCUGAGAAACUUACUUCUCUUGAAAUUGGAUAUAUUUCUUCAGUUACGGUGAUUGAACUGUUCAGCUCAAAUUUGGUACCUCAUCAGCCCCUUAAUCCUAUUCAACCAUCCAUACUUCCUGGAAUUCAAAAAUUGUGUCUUUCUGUAAACUAUAUAACGGAUGCUAUGGUUGCCACAAUAUCCCAAAGUCUCACCUUUUUAACCCAUUUAGAUCUUCGUGAUGCUCCAUUUGUUGAACCAAGAAUUACAUUUGAUCUAACCAAUUCCGGUCUUCAGCAAAUUAAUCAACUUGGGAGAUUGAAACAUCUUUCAUUGAUCCGAAGCCAAGAGUUCAUAAUUUGCUAUUUCCGUAGAGUAAACGAUCUAGGGUUACUCUUAAUGGCUGACAAGUGUGCAAACAUGGAGAGCAUAUGCCUUGGCGGCUUUUGUCGUGUCACAGACACCGGAAUCAAAACUAUGCUGCACUCUUGCUCUUGUUUAUAUAAGCUUAAGGUCACUCAUGGGACUCAAUUAACUGAUCUAGUUUUUCAUGAUAUAUCUGCAACAUCCCUUACUUUAACACAUGUGAGCUUAAGAUGGUGCAAGUUGUUAACUGAUCAUGCAGUUAUUAGUUUGACAUCAAACAAGGAACUUAAGGUUCUCGACCUGAGGGAUUGCAGAAGCCUUGGGGAUGAAGCUCUCCGAGCCAUUGGCGUACUCUUGAGACUGAAAAUUUUACUAAUUGAUGGCUCUGAUAUAACUGAUGCUGGACUUUCAUACUUACGACCGACCGUUAUUAAUUCAUUGUAUGCAUUGUCUCUUCGAGGGUGCAAGAGACUCACAGAUAAAUGUAUAACAGUUCUGUUUGAUGGUUGUGGCAAGCUAGAAUUAAGAGACCUAGAUCUAUCAAAUCUUCCUAACCUCUCGGAUAAUGGAGUUUUACAAUUGGCGAAAAGCCGAAUUCCUUUUUUGGAUAUCCGAAUGCGACAAUGCCCUCUAAUUGGUGAUACCUCAAUCAUGGCACUGGCUUCAAUGAUGAUUGAUGAUGCUGGAUGGUAUGAAAGCGGCUUGCGCUUGUUGGAUCUGUAUAACUGUGGUGGCAUUACGCCACUUGCCUUUCGUUGGUUAAAGAAACCGUAUUUUCCAAGGCUUAAAUGGCUGGGUGUGACUGGAAGUGUUAAUAGAGACAUGGUAGAUGCUUUAGCUAGAAGUAGACCUUUCUUGUAUGUGGCAUGCGACGGUGAGGAGCUUGGGCCUGACCCCUGUGAUAUGUCAGAUGGUUUAUAUACACAUGAUUAUGAUGAGGUGGAUGAAUUUGAGCAGUGGCUUCUUGAAGCUGAUUAUGAGACUGAUGAUGAAGAAAUGGUUGAUGCUGAAAUUAAUGAAGAACUAAUAAUGUAGUUUGCUGUGUUAAACACUGUGUAUAUGUCUAUUAUGUGUCUACUUGUGUGUAAUUUAUAUCUUGCGAGGUGUUACUCCCCUCAUAUGUUUUUGGCAUCCUAGUCUUUUCUAUGAUCUGUUGUGUAUCUUAUUGUCGGUAAGUUGUGUAAGAGUUCAUUAGAUUUAUUUUAACUAUUGUAACCUUGUUAUUAGUUUCUUUUUCCUCGACUUUCUUUCGCAGUGGCCUUGUAAUUGUUUUUAUAUACUUCCAACAUUUUCUUUU